AUGUCUCACUCUGACGUCGCUAGGCUUCCAGUCAGUCCGUCGUCCGAAUGUCCAGAGUCCAACACCAGUGACAAGAAAGGAAAUCCUAUCGUGUCAGUGGUUAAGGACUGGUGCAAUCACGUAGAGCCUGGGACAAACACCAAAAACUCCCCAGUUGCUAGUGACGUUCAAUCUGUUUCAGCCAAAAAUGUUUUGAAGUCAGCAACUAGUACUUUCUUAUCGAGUCAGACGGCGGCAACCACUGUCUCACUAGCCAAGGACCCUCCCCCUACUUUGUACGAUCCUUCAGAGGCUUCCGCAUCGGAUGAGGAUGAUGAGUUUGAAGAAUACCUGUCCGCCCCCACAGGUAGUGGCAAAGUGAAGGCGGCAAUGCAGAGUGUUGUAGGGAUUGCAGAACCAUACUCAGAUGAGGAAGUGCCAGUGUCCAUUCCAUUCAACUUAUUACUGUUCUCUCAACAAGCUGAAAUUGUGACAUAUGCUUUAGAGCAGUCUACUCGCACUGUCAGUGUUGCAAAGCGGACAAUCAAAGAAGUCGAGAAGGAAUACGACGUGGACUCGGACGCUGAUUUAAUGAUACUUGACAGCGAGGAUGUUGAAGUUAUCUCUCCCAACUCAGAGGUCGAGGAGGUUCCCAAGCCCAUGCGCACCACUACAAAGACCAGCGUAACGGUUUCCAAGAACCCGAACCUGCCCAAGAAAGCAAAAGUGGAAUCAAUGAGUUCCCCUAGUAUUCUGGUAUCGCCCAAGCCCGAUUUGAUGUCCACUGACACAGCGAUAAAGCCAAAACCUGGAUACCAAUGGCGAAACACUGAUCUCCCACCAAUCAUGUUGGAGAACGGCACGUGGCGCAGGAAUUUUAUCCCGACCGUUUUUCUUUGGGCAGGCUCUCAGCCGAAUUUCUGGACAAUUGAGACUGAGCAUUUACUCCCAGCACUCCAGGCUAUUUUUGAGGUCCCAUAUCCAGGAGUAAUGCAUAAUGUUCAACCGAAAGGCCCUAUCAUAGGCUUGGUGAAUCAAUGUUUAUACUCCUGGUGCAGCAAUUUCGGGUCCACAGGGAUCGCCCUCGUUGCGAAUUUUUUGGCAUCCUCAACAUAUGACAAGAACGAAGAGGAUGACGACUUCGACUUUGAACAGGCACUGGCAGCGAAUCUUCUCGAGCAGUAUGCCUUCCUCUAUGAGAAUCCAGACGCUUGCGACCCCGACGAGAUCUACCGGUCUGCAUUCAUGUUAGAAAUGAUUGAGACGGCUCAUCUCAAUGCAACUGCUGGAUCCCUCGACGUACCAGCACUCAACACCCAUGAUCUGCAAUCAAAGGGUAUGGAGACUAUAAUUGCCGCAUGCGCUGCCGCACUCGAACGUGCUUUCUCCUUCAUUGCCAAACCGAAAGAGGAUGAGGACACCCAAACCACCACUAGCAGCACGAAGGGCGGUAGUACGACUCGCAAGCUCAAUAAAGCCACCGGCAAAGAGAGCACUGCGGCAAAGGCCUUUUCCGAGAUUAACUGCGGGGCCACGAUGGCUGAAUACUAUGAAUCCAUUACGAGACGUGGACCACAGUACACAGCGGAUACGAUUGACUUGGUGUGCCAGCACCAGGAGGCAGCUCAAGUCAAAAAUGCUCCCAUUGAGACCGUGAAACCCAGGGGUGGACGUGCACUGCUCUUGGGUCUCGCAAAAAUAAGUGUGAAAAAGUUGAGAAUAUGUAUCAUUUGA